AUGCCGGAUGGAGGCUGCGGAAAACCCAUAGAGCGAGACGCUGAAGGCAAACCAAUCAAAUGGCAAUUGGUCAAAGCACAUCCAACAGAAAACCAUCCUGGAUAUUUCAAUUGUCUUGGCACUGAUAUGGCUUUCAGCACUUGCUGUUUGCCUAACAAACUUCCACAGCAUGGGACGUUGACCUUGAUGGACAAAAAGAACGACCCUCAAGCAUACAGCAAUUUAUGUCGACAAACCAAGCAAUAUAAACUCGCUUUGCAAGUUGAAGGCUGCGGCCCUUAG